AUGGUCUUUGAUCCAGACCAAGACCCUGAAGAGAAACGUGCCGUGAGGCAGAACUACCGGUCAUUAACCAGAAAAAUCGAAGAGCAACAGGCUAACCCUAAUGAUUACACGGCGGAGGAACUUCUUCAACAAGUGCGGCAAGCAGACAAACUCUUCGAUAAAGUCAAAGGGCCGCAAGAAGCGACUUUGGACUCGCAUCUACUUUUAAUGGCGUCUAACAUGGGUGCUCAAAAAGCACGAGCGAUGAAAUCAGGCUCUGGUGCAUUUGAUGUGGACGAAUUCGUAUCCAAAUUAAUAACGUUUAUGGGCGGUCGUAAGCCACUUGAGGAAUCGUUGCCCCAGGAUUCCGAUGAUGGAGAAGAUGGAGACGGGGAAGCACCCCUCGAUUGGGAUAGGAUUGGACGGAAAGCCCUUGCGAAGAGCAGACGCGUCCCCGUGAUGGGUUUCAUGCUUGGCCCUCUGUCCAUUGAACAGAAAAAAAGAGCACAAGUGAAGCGUUCAAAGCUUGAAAAGAACAAGGAUGAGGAGCAAAAACCUCAAGAACUGAAGGAAGAGGAUAUUCAACGCUCAGAAAACGAAACGACGAAGAAUGUCGCCGUACUCACGCGAAUUUUGGAACAAAUGGAGGAAUCGAAGAUAAACAUUUUCAAAUUCGUCAUUAAUCCCAAAGAUUUUGCGCAGUCGGUGGAGAACAUAUUCUACCUUUCUUUUCUAAUACGAGACGGAAAGGUUGCUUUUGAGACUGAGGAUGGAGAGCCCGUGAUCUACAUGUGCGAACCACCCUCAGAUGAAGAUUAUCAGGGCGGCUUGAAGAAACAACAGAUGGUUCUGGAGUUUGAUAUGGCGACCUGGAGCGUCAGUCUUGCUUACUUGACCCGCAAGGGUAAUUUAUUGAUCGGUGUUUAG